AUGCCGGGCUCCGUAAACCAGGUUCGGCCAGUUGGCGUCGACGAUAAGACCUCGACAUCGUCGCAAAAUAACGAAAAAGGCAGCAUUGAGCCUGUUAUCACCGAUGUUCUUCAAGAAACCCCGAAGCGAACAUGGAAGUCGUAUAUCUGGGACACGCUCGAUAAGUCUCCUGAAGAGCGUCGAUUUCUUUUCAAGCUCGAUGCUGCUUUGAUGACCCUUGCAUCACUUGGAUAUUUCAUCAAAUACCUUGAUCAGGUCAAUAUCAACAAUGCCUUUGUAUCUGGCAUGAAGGAAGAUCUAGGCCUGUGGGGAAACGAAUUGAACUAUAUGCAAGUGUGCUGGACCGUCGGCUACGUGGUUGGCGAGAUACCAAGUAAUAUGCUACUCACACGAAUUCGGCCCGCUAUCUGGAUUCCCCUUUGCGAGGUAACAUGGUCUGUCCUGACGAUUUUGUUGGUGAAGUGCAACACCGCUACCCAGAUUUACGUCUUGCGCUUCUUUAUCGGCCUGGCUGAGAGUACCUUUUACCCGGGUAUGCAGUACAUCGUGGGAUCAUGGUAUCGGAAAGAUGAAAUAGCGAAACGAUCUUGUCUAUUUCAUGCCAUGGGAAAUGUUGGCUCCAUGGUCUCAGGCUACCUGAUGGCCGGCGCACAUAACCUGGAUGGUGUGCAUGGUUACCACGGAUGGCAAUGGCUCUUCAUCACCAACACCGUUGUAUCACUCCCAAUUGCCAUUUCGGGUUUCUUCUUCCUUCCAGACUUGCCAGAGAUUACGAAAGCUUGGUAUUUCACCCCAGAGGAGAUUGCCCUGGCGAAGAAGCGAAUGCAGUUGGAAGGUCGGGCCCAGCGCUCUCCCUACACCAAGGCAAAGUUCAUCAAAAUCUUCUCCAGCUGGCACAUCUGGACACUCGUUAUCCUCUACAUUGUCUUCAACAACGGAAAUGGCGGCAACUCCCAGCCAGCGUUCCCACUUUGGCUGAAGUCUGAAGGUUACAGUGUGCGAGAGGUCAACAUCUAUCCCACAAUAACGGAAGUCGUCAGUAUUGUUACCACUCUGAUUUACGCUUGGACUUCGGAUAGUCUGUUCAGAGGCGCACGAUGGCCAGCCAUUGUUUUCUCGGGCCUUGUGAAGAUCGUCGCAUACGUACCACUCACUAUUUGGAACGUGCCCGACAGCCUCAAGUGGGCUUGUUUCAUUCUCUGUGGCUUUGGUGGAGGAAUCAGUGGUCUCACGUUUGCGUGGGCGCACGAGAUUUGCAGCGAUGACAACGAGGAGAGAGCCCUGGUCACUGGUGCCAUGAACCAAAUGGCCUACGUCUUUCAAGCUUGGCUUCCGUUGAUCAUUUGGCAGCAGGUUGAGGCUCCUUCGUACCCCAAAGGUUACCCGAGUAUGAUUGCUCUAUCGGUUGCGUUGAUUGCCAUCGCGUUCAUCAUUCGUUUCCUGCACAAGCGUGAGAUUCGUUUGAAGGCUGUACGUGGGUAUAGUUCAGCCUAA